AUGUAUCGUCCAAUAUUAUUACUUCGUACAGCUACUGCUGCUACUGCUGCCACUGCUGCUCCGCUACUGCUUGCCACAUACCAGCCCGCGCACUACCUCGGGUUGGGCCUAGCAGUACUUGGCGGUACACUCGAUGCUUUCGGCACCCAAGCCAGAGCUCGCUGUGAAUCCCACCGUGCCGGCCCCGAUGCUUUUUACUGCUCGCCCGCGCACCUCUGCCGCAUCCGUCCUCCCUCCUCUUCAAUCAUUGGAACAGUCGACGUUGCCGCCGGUGCCAUCUCGCUCCUCGCCCAGCUCUCAGGCCGCAAGCGUCCGAACCCACGACUUUGCUGCGUCCACCCCGACCGGCUGCUGCAUCGCCUGUGCCGGCCAAGCUCCACCUGCUGA